AUGUUCACUGUUGCAACGUUUCUAGUUUUGUUUUUUGUGCAUGACCAAUUGGGGUUUUCAGAGGCACAACUCCAGUUUGGUUUCUACUCAGAAACUUGUCCACCAGCAGAAUCAAUCGUCCGUGACGUUGUUCACCAAGCCGUGACCCGUGACCCUGGAAUUGCUGCUGUCUUACUCCGUCUCCAUUUCCACGACUGCUUUGUCGAGGGGUGUGAUGGGUCAAUUCUAAUCAAACACGACGUAAAUGAUGACGAGAGGUUUGCUUCAGGAAACGCUGGUUUGGGCGGUUUCGAUGUUGUAGACGAGGCCAAGUCAGAGCUUGAGCGUCUUUGUCCUGGUGUUGUGUCUUGUGCCGACAUCCUUGCUCUUGCUGCUAGAGACGCUGUUGCUGAGGCAAAAGGACCUUUUUACAAGCUUCCAACGGGUAGAAGAGAUGGUAAGAUUGCAGCUAUGAGUAACGCUGCUCACUUGCCAGAUGUUGAAGAUUCCAUAAACUCUUUAAAAUCAAAAUUCAGAGAAAAGGGGCUUUCAGAUAAAGAUCUUGUACUUCUUAGUGCUGGUGCACAUACUAUCGGUACAACAGCUUGUUUCUUUGUCAUGCCACGUUUAGAUGCUCAAGAUCCCACGAUAAAUCCAGAAUUCUUCCAAGUUCUGAGAUCAAAGUGUCCCCACGGAGGCGAUGUUAACGUUAGGAUUCCUUUGGAUUGGGAAAGUCAGUUUGUGUUUGACAACCAAAUCUUUCGGAACAUACAAAAUGGCAAAGGAGUAAUUCUAUCGGACUCUGUUUUGUACCAAGACAAUAAUAUGAAGAGAAUCAUUGAUUCGUACGUUAGAACUAACCAGAGUUCGAAAGCUAAUUUUGCUGCGGAUUUUGCUAGAUCUAUGGUAAAGAUGGGUGCCAUUGGGGUGAAGAUCGGUGUUCAAGGAGAGAUCAGACGCAUCUGCAAUGCUACAAAUUAG